AAAAGUAAAGUUUUGGACCGGUUGAAUGUAAUUAAACACAAUGUGUAAUAAAGAAAUUUCAUCAAAGCUUUAAUUAAUAAUAUAUAAGAAUAUUUAAAAAAUAUAAUAACAGAAUAAUAGCCCAGGUUAUCAUAAAAGGAACUAGCAAUAGUGUGUUUGAUGAUACAUAUAAAACCUUAUUACAGUGUUAUACUCCGUUUAAAUGCACGUGUUUCGAAUCUGUCGUACAGUAGUUGUGUAAAUAAUUUCAUUAAAAAUGUUAACUGAGCCAAGGUUGAGUAACGCAACUCUAGAUUUUGGGGUUCCUCGUGAAAAGCAAAAUCUGCUCUUGGAAAGUCUAGGAAGUCCACAUGUUGAUUCUUUCAAUUAUAUGCUGGAGGAUGGCUUAAAAGAAUCUAUAAAGGAAUUGGUACCAGUAUACUUGACACUUCCAAAUGAUGAUAAAGUAGUAUUGUGGAUAGAAGAUGCAAGUAUUGGUAAUCCCAGUGUACCUACUGGUACAAUUGGAAUUAAAACCUAUCAGAUAUAUCCUACAGAAUGUCGGCAAAGAGGUGCUACGUAUAAAGGAAAGCUAAUUGCAAAAAUUGGCUGGUCAAUUAAUGGACAACAGCAAGAAAGUAUCAAUAGAGAAAUGGGAGAAGUUCCUAUUAUGAUCAAGUCCAAUAGAUGUCAUUUGACUGCAAUGAGUCCUAAGGAAUUAGUUGCUCAUGGUGAACAUGAAGAAGAAUGGGGUGGAUAUUUUAUUAUCAAAGGACAUGAAAGGCUUAUCAGAAUGUUACUGAUGACUCGGAGAAACUAUCCAAUAGCGAUCAAACGAUCCAGUUGGAAGCAACGAGGAUCUCAAUUCAGUGAUUUAGGUCUUCUCCUCAGAAGUGUUAGGGAUGAUAAUACUUCCUCGAAUAAUACUUUGCACUAUGUAUUGGAUGGCUCUGCAAAAUUAAUGUUCUCACAUAGAAAAGUGCUCUACUAUAUUCCUCUGAUUCUUAUGUUGAAAUGUCUCAUUAAUGUGUCUGACAAAUAUAUCUUCAGUCAGUUGAUAUGCGGAUGCGAGGAUGAUCUUCGUUACAAAGGAUGCAUCCUAAAUAUGUUGCGUGCAGUACAUGAAGAAGGUCUGCAUACUCAUGAAGAGUGCAAAGCAUAUAUCGGAAAAAUGUUCAGAGUAAAAUUCUUUGAGUUACCACAGGAGUUUACAGAUUCUCAAAUUUGUGACUUCAUUAUUAAACACUGUUUAGCCAUUCACCUGGACGAUCCUGAGGAUAAAUUUAACCUGCUAAUCUUCAUGACACAAAAACUAUUUGCAUUAGCCGACAACAAAUGUCUUGCUGAGGGUGCUGAUGCAGUUAUGAUGCAGGAGUGCCUCUUGGGUGGUCAUUUAUACUUACAAGUACUUAAAGAAAAAAUGUACUCCUGGCUUGUUGGUCUUCGUAUGGCCAUUAUAAAACGCAUCAGAAGCAAGGGUAUCAACUACAAUCUAACAUUCGGUGAAAUGUCAAACGCAAUGAAACAUUGUGGCUCAUUUGAAUCGCAGAUGGAAAAUUUUCUUGCCACAGGAAAUAUAAAGUCAAACACGGGUUUAGGUUUAAUGCAAUCCUCUGGACUCUCCAUCGUCGCUGAGAAUAUUAACAGAAUGAGAUACAUGAGUCACUUCCGUGCCAUUCAUAGAGGAUCCUUCUUCCAGGAGAUGAGGACUACAGAAGCUAGACAAUUAUUACCUGACGCCUGGGGAUUUAUCUGUCCUGUCCAUACACCCGAUGGCGCACCCUGUGGUCUUCUCAAUCAUUUAACUAUGAAUUGUAUUGUAACAAAGCAUCCAGAUCCAAAAUUGAAAUCCAAUAUACUGACAGUUUUACUGGAUUUGGGAAUGUUACCUUUUGGAGUUGCUUCAAAAAUAGAAAACGCAUAUACUGUGAUGCUGGAUGGAAAGAUUGUAGGGAAAAUUGAACAUAACAUAAUAGGCAGACUGGCUGAUAGGCUGCGACUACUAAAAAUCAGUGGGAAAACUAUACCUUCUACCAUGGAAAUAGUUUUGGUGCCUAAGAAAAAUGUAACCUCCCAAUAUUCUGGGCUUUUUUUAUUUACUGGUCCCACACGUAUGAUGAGACCUGUAUUAAAUCUGGCUGUUAAAAAAAUUGAAUAUAUUGGUACUUUUGAACAAAUUUAUAUGAACAUUUGUGUUACACCAGAAGAAGCAUACAAUGGUUUGACUACUCAUCAGGAGUUAUCGAAAAUAGGUUUCCUCAGUAAUCUAGCCUGUCUUAUUCCAAUGCCUGACUGCAAUCAGAGUCCCCGGAACAUGUACCAGUGUCAGAUGGGUAAACAAACAAUGGGCACUCCUUGUCAUACUUGGCAACUACAAUCAGAAACAAAAUUAUAUAGGUUGCAAACACCUGCUACACCUUUAUUUAGACCAGUGCAUCAUGACAAUAUAAAUUUGGAUAAUUUUGCAAUGGGAACAAAUGCUAUAGUGGCUGUUAUUUCAUACACAGGUUAUGACAUGGAGGACGCUAUGAUAAUAAAUAAAUCAGCGUAUGAGCGAGGCUUUGCGCAUGGAAUGAUUUAUAAAUCUGAAUUCAUAGACUUGAAAAAUCAAAAGAGCUUUUUUGCACGAGAUCCUGAAAAAGUGCAUCUGGCUGAAAAAUUGGAUGAGGAUGGUUUACCUCACCCUGGAUCUCUCUUACAAAGUGGCGAACCUUAUUACAGUUACUAUGACGCGGAUCAGUCUCAUUAUGUCGUAGGAAAAUAUCGUGGAAAGGAAAAUGCGUACGUUGAUAACAUAAGGCUAUGUGGAAGUCUCCAGCAACAUAUACCUAGAAGAGCCUGUAUAACAUUACGCAUACCUCGUAAUCCAAGCGUCGGCGACAAAUUCGCAUCUCGUGCUGGUCAGAAAGGUAUUUGUUCCCAAAAAUGGCCAGCUGAAGAUUUACCCUUCACCGAAACUGGCCUAAUACCGGAUAUCGUGUUCAACCCUCAUGGAUUCCCUAGUCGAAUGACAAUUGCUAUGAUGAUCGAAGUAAUGGCAGGCAAGUCAGCAGCACUGCACGGCCUUGUCCACGAUGCGACUCCAUUUAGAUUUUCUGAAGAAGAUACGGCUGUAGAAUAUUUUGGUAAAUUACUUGAACAGGGUGGAUACAAUUACUAUGGCACAGAGAAAAUGUACUCAGGUUUGGACGGUCGUGAAAUGAAAGCUGAUAUAUUCUUUGGCGUUGUUCAUUAUCAAAGACUACGCCAUAUGGUAUCAGACAAGUGGCAAGUAAGAAGUACAGGACCUAUUGACGUGUUGACUAGACAACCGAUAAAGGGUCGCCGAAGAGGAGGUGGUGUACGAUUUGGAGAGAUGGAACGUGACUCCUUGAUAUCGCACGGCUGUUCCUUCCUGUUACAGGACAGACUUUUCCAUUGUUCUGACAAGACUACGGCUCUGGUCUGUCAAAAAUGUGGAACGUUGUUGGGACCAGUAAUCGAAUUAAUAGUAAAUAAGACCGGAAUGGGUGAGAAGAGGAUGAGAUGUCGUCUCUGUGGUGACGACGGUAUUGUCGGCGAAAUUGACAUCCCUUACAUAUUCCGUUACCUGGUGACACAGCUGACUUCGUGCAACAUAAACAUAAAACUGACCUUUACGAAGAAAUAGUUCUUGUACAGAAGAUACACAUGAAUGGACAUCUUGUUUUAUUAUAGUCUUCAUUUACCUGUUACACACAAUUAAUUGUAAAAUAAAUCCGCCGAAAUUUAA